AUAUGCAUCUCAGCUUUGUCAUGCAGGUGAAGCACCCCCCAGCAGUUUUUUUUUAUUUUUUUAUUUUCCAAAUAUUUCAACUUUAUUAUUGUUAAAUAAUCUUUGUAAAUUUUCUUUUUGUAAUCUUAUGACUUUAUUCUAAAGGUGUCAUGGGACACUGUUCACAAGACGAGACGAUGCACCGGACGAGAUUUAAACUUUGCUUUUAAGAAGUGCAAUAAAAAAAGGAAAGAAAUAUGGUAUGGGAUUUUUGCAGUUUUUUAAAUUUCCCCAAUAUUUCAACUUUCUUCUUGUAAAUGUUCUUCUUGUAAUUACAACUUUAUUGCCAUAAUAUUUUGACUUUAUUGUUGUCACGUUUAUAAGUUUUUCCGCAACUUAAUUUUCCAAAAAUUACAACUUUAUUUAUUGUUUUGUUUCUCAUAAUAUUACAACUUUAAUAGGAUAUUGUCUUCUUUUUUGUCUUUUUUCUUUUUUUUUUUAACUCAUUCAAUCCGCGACCCCUUUAGUAGCGGCCAUUUUAGACAAUUUUGAAUGAUCUUUCAAGGCACACAGAAUUUUCUGUUCAACAGUUGUAUAAACAUGGAACCUACCAAAAGAAAGAUUAGACUCCCAUCUUUCAUCAGAAAGAAAGUUUGUUUCUACCUUUUCCCGUUCUUUAGUAAUCAGCAGUAGAACAUAGGUAAGUUUCAGGAAAAUAUCAGUUCCCAACUAAAAAAGAGAUCAAAACAGCUUUUUGUGCAAAGAUACAUUUCAAGCACAACCUUCACUUUGACACAGAUAUGUGACAGCUCAAAUAUCUAAACAAAAUCUAAAUAUACCACAACAUAAACAACACAAAAAGGGGUUGUGUUACAUCAAAAUAACAAUUUAUUUCCAAAUAUAACACCAACUAUUUACAAUUUUCACUUUUGGAACUAAACUGUGUGUGUGCAUGCGUAAAAAUUUCCCUACAACGCGUAACCUUCUGCACGCUACGCUCCAUGCGCUUCCACUUCCUCCUUGCUGUCGAGUGUGUUUUUAUAUGCAAAUGAUCCAUGCUGAGCUCUUAUCAUAUGCACUUAUGCCACCUUGUGGCCGUUUUUAUGGCUUAAAACUACAUUGGCAGUGACAUCUAUUAGUGUGCACUUGGGCCUCUUUUUGCCUCUCGUGCAAAAAGACUUAUAAAUACGUCUUUGGGAUCGGGCGUUCGGGUUUAUAAUAAAAACGUUUAAAUACGUCUUUGGUAUUGAAUGAGUUAAUAUUUCAACUCCAUGCAUUUCCUCAUGAUUUAACAAUAUUAUUCUUGCAAAAUGACAGUUUUCUUGUUGAAGUAUAUUUUUCGAAUGUGACGCGGGCCAACACAGAAACAGCCCGGGGCCGCACCUUGGACACCCCUGCAUUAGCUAGUUACUAGCCACGUCACAAGCAGGACGGUUCAGUUCAGUCACAGUACGAUUCGGAUCGGUAAACCCUGAUCUGGCUUGGUCUCCACCAUGUCAGCAGCACAUCGUAGCCACUAGGGCUGGGCGACAGGGACUAAAACUCAUAUCCCGAUAUGUUUAGGUUGAAUAUCGAUAUCAGGGUAUUUUUUUCCACAAAGCGAGUUUAGACAAAGUCAAAGCCAAAUAUGCCUGCGAAGAAAUCUUAGAAAAAUGAAAUGAUCCAUUCACUUUUUGAAAUAAAUGUAGAAAAAGUGAAAUAUAAUCUUCAGUCUUUAUCGGGUUGCGCUCGUGGUAGCCCCCCUGCAGCCGGGUUAGCGCCGUUAGCUCUUCCAUCUUGCUGGGGAGAGAUCUUACGUUCCCCACAAUGACAGACAGUAAACGUGGUUCAUACCGUCUUUUCCGCUGGCGGCGCUUCACUCCCGCUAGGCAGCCUCUCCUCCUCCGUAUCUCCAAGGGGUUCUCUGGUCACUCGGCGUAGCGAAUGGGUGCGUGGCUCAAAGCUACCGGCUGCUCCAGAGUGUGAACAAUGGAGCCGUGAAGGAACGCGUCUGCCGCAACAAGCAAGCUACAAACGCAACCAGAUGAACAUCCAUAGCUGCACACUUGCUUACGGGGUCAGUAUGGCACAAAAAACAAGAAAAUCUUAAUAAAGCACUAUUAAACACUAAAAACGCAGCAGAAAAUACCUAGCUGCUGUAACUAGCUGCCACUCAGGCGGCACCAUCUUGAAACACGAGACCUCCGCAUCAAAGUCAGUCUAUAUCGAUAUGAACAGUAGGUUUUGGUUUUUUUUUUUGAUAUCGUGCUUAAAGGAAAUAUCGAUAGUUAAACACACACGCAUGACUUCCGAGAGGACGGCUUUGUAAGAAAACUAGGCUUCUCCGCACGUCUUAAAUUACAGCCUGGCCAGCUAUCGGUUGGUCUGCUCCAGGCGUGGGAUCACGGUGUGUGUUGGCUAGCUCGGGAAGCUUUGCAAUCGGACUACCAACCGAACCAAACUCCUGUCUGGUGGAAACAUGGCUAAACACGGCGGGUUUGGAGGAAAAUCCACACCCUGCCAAAGUACGAAUGUUAUUCACGCCAGGUGAAAUUAGUAAUUACACGAGGAGGAGAAGCCCUGAAGGUGUAAACACGGCAUUUUUAAGGGAACACUUGUUUGAAAGUCAUUAAAAAUGUCAAAGUCAAGCGUCAUUGGAUCCUCCCCAAGUGAUUUUCUGUCGCCCAGGCGGUUGCCGGGCAAGCGCCACCUUGUUUUGGAUUUUUCUUAGAAAGUCAUUGUUGUGGUGAUCAAAGCUCUGGCAGGACUCCCUUUCCAAUCCGUUUAAACGUGUGACUUGUGGAUUGGUCCGAAAGGGACUGGCUUUCAGUUUUUGUCUUGUGUAUCAGGGCAAGUACUAGUACUAGUACUAGUACUAGUAGUAGUACUACUGGCUAGUGCAGGACAUGCUACUCUGGGGAUCUUGCCAUGUUUGGUUAUGCUUGUUAUGCUAACGUGAAAGACUACUCAAUAAAAAUGCUGACAUUUUUGUGACUUGUGUGGAGGCAUGGGCCGGUAUAAGACUCUGACGGUACGAUAACAUAAACAUAAAAAUGUCACAGGUUGACGGUUUUGCGGUAUUAUAAUUACAGUUCUAAAAUGGGAAAUAUUUUUCUUAAAAAGAGGGAAAAAAAGUCAAGUCAAAACAGUCGUUUUAAACAUGAAAGUGGAACAACAUAAAAUAAACCAAAUAUAAAUACAUAAUAAUAAAAAAAACAAACUAUAAAUAAGAAAAUAAAUAAUUUUUAAAAAUGAAUUAUUUUUCAAUAAAUAAAAACUAAAAUGCAGCCUACUGUGGCUAACCAUGCAACUCAACACAACACAAUAGAUAUUUUCUUAGUAAAAAAAAAAAAAAAGCAUGAUAAAUAAGCACAAUAGAUGGAUACUUUAUUGAUCUCCAAGAGAAAUUCACGUUUCCAGCAGCUCUCCAAAAGUGUCCUGAUAAACGUAAUCACUUAAAAAUAAAACAAAGCAAAAAAGGAGAGUUAAGAAAAUAGAAUAAAAAUAAAUAUAUAACAGAUGACUUCAAUUUCAAUAAUAAUAAUAAAACUUACGUUAGUGAGUCCAGUCCUGUGUGUGUUUGUACGGCUAACAACACCUGUGCUCCCUGAGCACGACGUAUGGCAACACGGCACACGCCUGUGGUUCCAGCACAAGCUUUUCCACGUAGCACGGUGGACCUCCACUUUCUCUCGUGCAAACGGUGUGACGCAAAAUUGUAGUGGUUUUGAAACCGUGACUUUUUCACGCCGCAAUACACCUUAAAAAGCGGCCCACCGGCCCACGCCUACUUGUGCGCAUGCUGGGUUUUUGUUGCGCUUGGCUCCCCCUUCAGUUGUCCAUUGCAGUAGACUUUACCACGACCGGGGUGGACACAAAUGAACGGCGGUAAACGCACAACGUGAACAUCUUGAAUAAACCGAUGCGCUCAGUUUAGCUUGUGCUAGCUUCUGUUCCGUGUGGGUGGAUUAACCCUGGAUCAAGCACAAAGUGUUUUUCACAAUGAUGUCUUGUUUCCUGGUAUGUUAAUCCCUUGCUUUUCAACCUCCCCGUUGUCAUGUGCUCUCUCGGAUCGCCAGUAGUUUUUGGUUUUCUUCCCUCAGACGUUGAUGCUAGUAUCUUUUUGGCACAUUUGUUAUAGACUCAUUCCUCGUUUAUCACGGUUCAUUGAAGUGAAGUAGACUUCAAUAUUAAUAAAUGGAAUAUUUUGGUAGUUAUGGCAUAGAAAACCUGUUUACCAUCUUCUAAAUGUGUUUUUUUAACAUUAGAGCCCUCUAGACAUGAGAUAACACCCCUAUAGUCACCUUUACAUUUGCAUUACCCAAUAUAGUAGGUUUCAUCAGAGAAAAUAAGACAUAUUACAUAGAUGCACACAUUAGUUCCUUUUUGUUGUUUUGGGGACAGCGUACUUCCUGCGGUGGCUACUGUCCCAUCAAUGUAUUGUAAUGGCGGCUUUAAAUGGCUUCACACUCAUAUUACCCAACAUUAUACACAAUAAGUGUAAAUAAGCCAUUUAAGACGUAAAUAAAACUCCUGGUCGAGCACUGUCGCAGUACAUGUGUUCCCGAGAGAAGGGGUCCCCAAGCACCAGGCUGCGGGAAGCUUUCCGCCUCUCCCCACUUGUUUCGUUCAUGCCGCUGUAGAACGUGUCCAGGUGUCAUCCAGGCUGUUUGGUAGAGAGAGAGAGAGAGCGAGAGAGGCGGGGAAGCAACCACGCCUGCACAUGUCAAUAUAUCGAGGUGGGCAAAAUGAUUGAGCUUGUUUUUAUUCAUCAUGCGGGUAAUUGAUUAGUUGAUUAUGGAGACGUGCCUGGUAGCCGUACAGGAUGGAAACACAGUUUUGCGAUUGACGUAACACAAGCACCAGCAUGAAGUGAUCUGGAUUGGUCACGUUGGCAUCGUUGUUGGCAGUGUUUCAGUCAUUCAAGGAGCUUUUGUUUGUUUUAUGUUGGGAAGAACCUCCACUCAAAAGAAAAAAAUAAGAAAUGGAAGUGAAGUUCUUUUUCUUCUGAUAAACAGUCCUUGUUUCCCGGUUGUUGACUUGAAGAGGAAGACAUCCCUCCUGUUUAGUUGAGUUGGUAUUUUGAUAAAGCCCUCAGCUAUGCAGGCGUGCUCAGACGUUGCCUGUCAAGUGGUGGCAUUACUUAAGGAAUUUAGUUUUUUCCUUCUACCAACCCCAUGCGGGUAUAGCAUGCUAACCUUGUUUAUCGCAAGCAUCUUGCACAAAAACCUCAAGCAUGUAUGCGGCUGUAGGAAAGCACAUUGCAUGCAAAGUGGCUGGUGGUCUUUUAUUAGCUUCCAUGUGCUGCAUCUGGUGGGUCGCUGCCCCGCUUUGCAGAGCUUUGUGACGUGAAGUCUGCAAGUACUACCUCCUCCUCAGCAGUAUUUAGCCGUGUAAUGCUCCCCCUUCCCGCCGCCCGCUAAUUCUCCACGCUUGUUGUCGAGGCGGGGACGAGCUGACGGAAUUGUCUCCUUCACGACUGAGAGAAACCCCAAAGCCUCGGUCCACCAGUCACCAUGCUGCUCGUGUUUCAGUGUCCUGCACAGGCUGCUAUUGUCGGGUUACGGUGUGUGCGUGUGUGCGUGUGUGGCUGUGCUGUGAUUGGCCCUGGCCAGGCCGUGUGAGACAGCGCCGGGUGACGUCUCCUUGUUAAUCCCUCACUUCUCUCUGGGAUGUUUUCCCAGUACGCCGGGAAGAAAAUGCUUUGGCAACUCAGGAGCAACUCUGGCACUUUUUGGAGCUGAUUGAGCAGGCCAGGUGCGUCUGAGGCGUGUUGAGAAUGCAGAGUUACGGCAGGUCCCGGUCACACUGUCCUGCAAAAACAACCAAAAGUGCUGAAGGCGUUUUCAUUUCAGAGGCGAUCUGAAGCUAGUUGCCAGGCCGCGGGACACCUUAUUCACUCCCGUAACAGACCAAACAGGGCACCAACAUGACAAUUCGGCCUCUUCCUCUUGCCUUUGUCGUGUGGAAGUCAAGCUGAGGUUGCAUGGUGUUGUGGACUUGAUGCAUGGCCCUUGCGCGACCCCGCUACAUGUUGUUGGUGUCGUGGGACUGAGCGCACACAGCAGCGGCCAUGGCUCAAACCGUGCACGUGAACGGCAACGGCCCAGAAAGAGGACAACAAUGUCCAAGCGCCGAUAACGACAAGGACUCUGUGGCGCCGUACUACGUCGAAACUCCGUACGGUUUCCAGCUAGACCUGGAUUUCCUCAAAUACGUCGAUGACAUAGAGAGGGGCAACACCAUUAAGAAGCUGAGUAUCCAGAGGAAGCCCAAAGGGGGCAAACCGGGGGCGGCAGCGCCACGGGUCAGCACCGGCGGGGUCGGCGUCCGGGCCGAAUGGACAUCCACCGACUCGCUCUCGUCCUCCAACAGCGACGACAAGCAGUCGCCGGUCUUCUUCAGCGCCAAGCCCCCCCAGGUAACCACUCCACUGACGCCCAUCCUCCAGAGGGCGGCCCGUGAAGCGGCCCCGCAGCAGUCCUACUCCAGCGUGGUGGAACCCAGGCUGCUCCUGCCGCCGCUCUCGCCGAGGUUCACGCCGCGACACAACCCCCAAGUGGAAAAGACCCUCAUGGAGACCCGACUUAGACUGGAACAGGAGCGCCUGUUCAUGCAGCAGCACAGCGAGCCUCCGCUUCCCCGCCGUCGUCUCGCCAGCUUCGGGGGAACGGGCUCCAACAGCUCACUCUCCUCAUACUCGGGGUCCGUGGCGCCAAGCCAGAUCUCUCCCAGCACCCUUCAGCCUCUGCCCAUCAACGGCCACCUCCACAAUGGAGAGUACAACCCUUACUACCCGCCAUCCAUGGGUAGCUCCAUCCGCCACAGUCCCAUGAGCUCCGGCAUGGCCACGCCCGUGACCAAUGUUAGCCCGCUACACCUUCAGCAGAUCCGGGAGCAGAUGGUGGUUGCGCUCAAGAGACUGAAAGAGUUAGAGGAGCAGGUGAAGGCCAUUCCCAUUUUACAGGUCAAGAUAGCAGUUCUUCAGGAGGAAAAAAGACAAUUGGCCGCGCAGUCCAAAAACCAAGUUCCCGGUGGUUUCCGCAAGCGCUCUUAUAGCGUGGGCAGUGCCGACCAAAUGGAGAACCCGGGUCCCAUCCAAAAAGAAACUGUCCUGCACAUCAUUGAGCCUGAAGCCCAGCAACAGGACGCUCAGCAGCUUGAAGAGUUUAGGCGUCUGGCUGCUGAGGUCCAAGCUCUGGAGAAGACCACGCUCGACAAUAUUGAACUAGAAAGUCAGACUCGGAAUGAGAACCAGGCCCUCCAAAAGUCAGUUGGUGUCGUGACUGAUGAAAACAUGAAUAACCUUGAAGUCCAGUUGCCAAAAGAACAUUGCUAUCGGGACGUAGGAGUUGCUACAGAACGCCUGGAAACUCGCUGUGCCUUAGUGGGCGUGAACGAGGCCAUGCUGGGCAUGUCCAGCGAUGCCGAGAAGGAGAUCGAGCUCCAGCAGCAGACCAUCGACGCUCUGAAAGAGAAGAUCUACCGCUUGGAGGUGCAGCUGAAAGAAACCACUCACCAGAUGGAGAUGACCAAGCUAAAACUUGAGCUCCAAGUGGCUGGCGGCUCAAACAAGAAAAAGGCAGACAAAGGCUUUAUGGUGAGGCCUGAGAUGUACAACGUAUGCGUGGAGGCCAAAGUUUCGGUGCACAGCCAGGGGGUAGGUGACCAAGUUGUUGUCGCUGAAUCUCCUCAGAGUGUCUCUGUAGGAGUGUCCUGUCACCCGAGCGUGCAUAGCGUUGGCGUCGGCCCGGAGAACUCACCGGAUCAGCCUUUGGCGGAGCACCCGCAGAUAGGCGUGGACCUAAAGGUUUGUCAGGUGGGUGUCAACACGGUGGAGUCUGUAGACUGCACGGCCUUCUGCAAACCCAUGACGGAGCUGGUCAAGGAGUCGCGAUCGCUCGGUUGCGGAGAUUGUUCUGUGGAUGUCACGGUCAGUCCCAUCAGGACGAUGGUGUCGCAAGGAACCGAGCCGGAUCACGUUGGCAAGGUAGACUCUUGUGUCAUGGCUGCCCCUGAAUCGGUAAAUCAACGGACCAACACCGAGACUGAAGUUGUGAGCAAGUCCACUAACACAAAAACGCCAACGCUGACGGACUCUUGCACCGACACUGCUUUGUCGACCUGCGACAAGCACACCAACACCGCUGCCACCGAAACGAGGACGGUCGCUGCAGGCGAGGGACUCGUCAAGGACGUGCACUCGGCCGCCAAGAUGCGUUCAGUCGCUGUGGGCACCGCCACAGAUGCGGAAUCGCUCCUCGGCCAGUCCGGCACUGUGAAAACCAAAGACUGUGGAGUGGGACCUGUUAGUGUUCACGAGAACUUCUUGAUCGGCUUAAAGACACGCAACAUAGCAUGCGGGCCUUCCCAGCUCCCUGAACUCGUCGCAGGUGGCAAGGAGACUGUGGAAGCGCAAGCCGAGUUUCAGGGGGGUGCCAGGCUGGACCAUUACAUCGAGAGGGUGCAGAAGCUCUUACAAGAGCAACAAAUGCUGCUGGCGGAGAACUACAGUGAGCUGGCCGAGGCCUUCGGACAGCCCCAAUCCCAGUUUGGAUGCAUCAACAGCGAGCUGGUCAGCACGCUCUCGUCCAUCAACUCGGCCAUGAAGUGCGGGAGCGCCGAGGACCUCUUCAAGCUGCAGGCGGACGACGCAGUCUCAGAAGGUGGCGUUCAGGUGGUCUCCUGCGGCCGGACGGAGAAGACGCACGCGGACAAACCUGCAAAGACGUGCUCGCAGCAGAUGAGCGCGGCCGAGCAGAAGAGCCGCAUGGACCUGCAGAUGUCCACAGCGCUGCACGGUCAGCCAUCGCUGAAGUCUAUCAUGAAGAAAAAAGAUGGCCGCCCAGACUCCACCAACACCAAAAAGAACCUGCAGUUUGUCGGAGUGAACGGAGGAUACGAGACAACAUCGAGCGACGAUUCCAGCUCGGAGGACAGCAGCUCAUCUGAGGACGAGGAGGAAGAAGACGGAAAACAAAAGGAGGGAUGCCGGAACGAGGAGGAGGAGGAGGAGGAGGAGAAGGAGGAGGAGGAGGAGGAGGAGGAGGAGAAGAGCGUCAGGGAUGAGUUCCAGCCGGAGGGGGCGGAGCAUGUGGAAGUGAAGGCUGAAGAGGGAAGUUUAGAGACCAGAGGAAGGUACGAGCUCAGCGAGAAGAUGUUGGCCGCAUGCAACGUCCUCAAAGUUCACCUCAGCGACCCCAAGGAGGUCAGCGCUAAAGACCUGAGGGCGUGUCUGAACACGGUGCAGCACGAGUGGUUCCGCGUGUCCAGCCAGAAGGCGGCGGCGGCGGCGGCGGUGGAGGACUACCUGGCGGGCUUCGGCGCCGUGUCGCCGGCCGUGCCACGCCACGUGGUCAACAUGGCGGACGGCAACGGCAACACGGCGCUUCACUACAGCGUGUCCCACUCCAACUUCAGGGUCGUGAAGAAGCUGCUGGACGCAGACGUGUGCAACGUCAACCAGCAGAACAAGGCGGGCUACACGCCCAUCAUGCUCGCCGCGCUGGCCGCCGUGGAGACGCCCACAGACAUGCAGAUCGUGGAGGAGCUUUUCAGCAAAGGAGACGUCAACGCCCGAGCCAGUCAGGCGGGUCAGACGGGUCUGAUGCUGGCGGUGAGCCACGGCAGGAUGGACAUGGUUCGCGCGCUGCUGGCUCACGGCGCCGACGUCAACGUGCAGGACGACGAGGGCUCCACGGCGCUCAUGUGCGCCAGCGAGCACGGUCACGUGGAGAUCGUCAAGCUGCUGCUGGCGCAACCCGACUGCGACGCCACGCUCAGCGACAGCGACGAGAGCAACGCUCUGUCCAUCGCUCUGGAGGCGGGACAUAAGGACAUCGCCGUCUUACUUUACGCACACGUCAACUUCGCCAAAGCUCAGUCACCAGGAACGCCUCGACUAGCCCGAAAGAUGUCGCCCAGCCCCACUCGCAGGGGUGCGUUUGAUUAGCGCACCCGCGAUAGCCUUAUGACAGACGCCUUAAUGUGAAUGUGACCAGCUAGUGAACUCCUGACUCCUUUUUCAUUUUGUAUUUUUCUUAAUUGUCUGUUUUUACAGUCCAACAGUCCCCACAUGAUAGUUUCUAUUUUCCCCACUCCCCCACCUCGGGUGGUAAAACUGGUGUACAUACUUCUGAUGUCAACAUCAGGCGAUGAGCUCCACUUUUCUACAAAUCCUUUCUAUCUAUUUAAAAGUACAGUAUUUUGAAUAUUUCCUAUCGUAAUUAUUAUGAAUAUUGUAAUAACAGAUCCAUGAAGUUCGAUAUUUAUCCAGGCAUAGUUUUUAAAGCAGAUACUGUAUAUGUAUUUCACUGUACAUACGGCGUUAUCAUAGUCCAGCUCAACGCCACUUUUUCUUUCUUUCUUUUCCACUUGGUCCUUUUAAAUUGACCUUAACGUCGCUUUGUAACAAUAAACAUCUAUUCAAA